GGAAGGUCCAGCCCUGCCCCUCCAGGGUUGGCCCAUGUGUCUGGGCAUUCGGAGGUGGCACCAGGAUCAGGACUUAUAGAGUCUAGCAUACUGAUUGGACCCAGGCCGGGGGCAGGUCCAGAACACAGCGAGACUUCCCUGGCCGCAGUGCCCAACUGCCCGCAGUGCCCAUGGUGGCUCGGACGGGAGGAACUACAGCGGAACCGGGGACUGGGGGAGCAGGGCAGUGCUCUGCUGGGUGAGGGGCGCCCAGCUCCAGAGCCGGGGCUAGGUGGGCGUCGCUGGUGGGUGGACUCCUGGGCGCUGCGCGGAGCCGCGCCGGCUGGGUUAGCGCGGGCGGGGGCGCUUAGUCCCGCCCCCAGAGGAGGCGGAAGAGGAGCCCGAGCCUGGCCGCGGGCUGGGCCCCGCCGCAGCUCCAGCUGGCGGGCUUGGUCCUGCGGUCCCUUCUCUGGGAGGCCCGGCCCCGGCCGCGCCCAACCCCCGCCAUGCCACCCGCGGGGCUCCGCCGGGCCGCGCCGCUUACCGCAAUCGCUCUGUUGGUGCUGGGGGCUCCUCUGGCGCUGGCUGGCGAGGACUGCCUGUGGUACCUGGACCGGAAUGGUUCCUGGCAUCCGGGGUUUAACUGCGAGUUCUUCACCUUCUGCUGCGGGACCUGCUACCAUCGGUACUGCUGCAGGGACCUGACCUUGCUCAUCACAGAGAGGCAGCAGAAGCACUGCCUGGCCUUCAGUCCCAAGACCAUAGCAGGCAUCGCCUCGGCCGUGAUCCUCUUUGUUGCUGUGGUUGCCACCACCAUCUGCUGCUUCCUCUGUUCCUGCUGCUACCUGUACCGCCGGCGCCAGCAGCUCCAGAGCCCAUUUGAAGGCCAAGAGAUUCCAAUGACAGGCAUCCCAGUGCAGCCAGUAUACCCAUACCCCCAGGACCCCAAAGCUGGCCCUGCACCCCCACAGCCUGGCUUCAUGUACCCACCUAGUGGUCCUGCUCCCCAGUAUCCACUCUACCCAGCUGGGCCCCCAGUCUACAACCCUGCAGCUCCUCCUCCCUAUGUGCCACCACAGCCCUCUCACCCAGGAGCCUGAGGAAUCAGCCGUGUAUCUGCUGCCCCCUUCAGUGAUGCCAACCUUGGGAGAUGCCCUCAUCCUGUACCUGCAUCUGGCCCUGGGGGUGGGCAGGAGUCCUCUAGUCACCAGGCUCCAGACCAAGCCAAGUCCUGGACACUACUGGGGACAGGGCCCCAGGGAAAUGGAACAGGAGCUGAACUAGAACCAUGACAGGUUGUGAGGGAGGGCUUGGGAUUGUGGGCUGUUUUUACUGGGAGCAAGGGAGGGAGGUGGCAGCCUGGGUCACAGUGCCUGUUUUCAAAUAGUCCCUCUGCUCCCAAGAUCCCAGCCAGGAAGGCUGGGGCCCCACUGUUUGUCCCCUCUAGGCUGGAGUUGGGGCAGGGAGGAGGUUCCAUCAGCAGCUGGCAGUAGCCAUCCUCUCUGGCUGCCCCACUGGCCAGGACUCUGGCUGCUGGAUUAAAGCUGUGAAGACAUAACUCA